AAAAGACUUAUCUUUUUUUUGUUGCUCCCUGGUCUGAAUUGUGUAGCACCCCCAUACGGAGCAAUAAUACAAAGGAACUGUUGCUUUCCUGUAAACGUCGAGAUCCUCCAUCUUCCCAGUCGCUCUUCUUGGUCUAGAUGAUGGAGACCCUGAAACCAUGUCGGCGAUGACAUCGGAUCUAGGCUGCGAUUGCAGCGCCGGGUUCCAAUGGUGGUGGCAGAUGCGGCUGCGGCGAAGAAGAAUUGAAUGCGGCGGCGACCGAGGCACGACGCCCCGCGACGAGGAUCUCCGAACGAGAAGGGAGCGUCCCGCGGGAGUCAUCGGCAGGGAGCAUCGGGGUUUGGCUGCUGGAUUUUGCCGGUGUUGGUCAUCACGACAGGGGACAGCUCACCGGAACAAGGGAGUGAAGGGAGCAGCAACAGAUCUGGAGCUACCAUGCCUUGAGUGGAACUCGUCGCUGCUCCAGAGCCUUCGCUGCUGCCCGGGCAGAGAAGGAUGCCACGCAGCUCUUGCUCGUCGCGUCCGUAGGUCAUCGCCGGUGGAUCGUUGCUGGCUAAAGCAAGAGGCGGCCGCGGCGGUCAUCAACUGGUUUGGUUCCCGGGACGACGAAUCUGGCUGUGGUCUUCCGUAUGCCAAUGGUCGGCGAUAGGUGGGGAAUCCAAGACCAGUGACCGGAUCCCACCAUGAAGAAUUGGAAGAACCAUUUUAUUUGUUUUUUUGUUUUAGAGCACGCUUGAUGUGUUCGACACUCUCAACGAGAGCACCAAUGUUGGGUUAAGGAACCCGGGCCUAGAGGAAUAGGCGGAAGAGUAUCGAACCGAGUCGAGGGAACAACCAAAAUGAGAAUCAAGUAAAGUUGCGAGU